AUUUCACUCAUGAUGGAGUUGGGUUUGAGUAGAAGCAUGUGCUCAAUUCUCUUUGUAUUUCUGUUUGUGGGUUUAUCUUCUUCUGCUUUCAUUGCAGAUGAUGUGUUUGGAUCUCAUGGAGGCAGAAACCUUGGUCAAGCUAAGAAGGAUUGCCCUGUGGACUUCAAGUCUCUGGAUUUCACCAUCCUUACAAGCCAAUGCAAAGGACCGAAGUUCGCACCCGCUAGCUGUUGUAAGGCUUUUAAGGAAUACGCUUGCCCUUAUGCCGACGCAAUCAACGACCCAACAACAGAUUGCGCUGCAGUCUUGUUCAACUACAUUUGGCGAGUAGGACAUUACCCUCCUGGUGUUUUUCGAGCCCAGUGUCACAAAGGUGACAAAGUAAUCUCAUGCCCACCCUAGCCAUUAGAAAACUCAAACGCCGGCACCAGCCAUGUUUUGGAAAACAAUAUAUCUAUUUGCAAAAUAAUAUUAUUCUUCUGACAUAAUAUAGAUGAUAAUCUACCCCUUUUA